UAUAUAUUAUAUAUGGUUAAUUAAUAUUAGGUCCCAAGUACCAAAACACUAUUUUUAUUCAAUUGUGAACAUGUAUUUUAAACUUAUUGUUAUAUUUGCGUUCCUUUAUCCUAUUAAAGUUCAAGGAAGUUUUAGUAACUCAUGUUCGGAUUGGUUAAGUUAUUUAUUUCCACCAUUGUCCCCUAGUUGUUUUUACAACCCUGAUGUCUUCGCCAACACGAUUGAGAUUAUUGAACGGCAUCUCGGAAAAGGAAGCUAUGAAAAUUAUACCGUGACCACCGAAGAUGGUUAUAUAUUAACAUUAUUUAGAAUUUUACAAAAUAAUCCUAAAGGAGUUGUUAUGUUGCAACAUCCUGUUACCUCUGAUGGGGUGGUAUGGGUUCAAGACAGCAAGAAGAGAUCUAUGGCUUUUAACCUGCACGAUAUGGGCUAUGAAGUUUGGUUACCCAACCACAGGGGAACGUAUUAUUCCGAAAAACAUGUUAACUUAAGCAUUAAUGGUUUGAAAUAUUGGCAAUUCGGUUUCCACGAAAUAGCCGUUUACGACUAUCCAGCGUUUGCCGAAAAAAUAUCUGAAGUUUCCAAAAGCACCGAUAUAAUUUUUGUCGGGCAUUCUAUGUCCUCGACUUCAGGGGUGGUUUAUCAAUCUAUGCAACCUGAGCACGCUAAAAAAUAUUUCAAAGGGAUGAUUUUGAUGAGCCCUGUAGUAUUUUUACAUAAUUUAAGGGGGAUUGCUACGCUUAUAGCACCAAUUUUUCCUCUAUUCAGUGACGUGGCAUAUUUUUUUGGAGUUGGAGGUUUGUUUAAUAAAGGUUCUAUAUCAGAAAUACUCGCCAGGUCUGCGACGUACGCUCCAAUAAAGCAACUUCUUAUAAUGAUACAAAGUUUGGGUUCUGGACCAGGACAAUUUGAUCCAAAAUUGUCUACGUUCUUUUUUUCCCAUUUUCCAAGAGGUAUUAGUUUUAAUACUGUAAAUCACUACUCCCAAAUAUAUAACGCCGGUGGUGAAUUUAGAAUGUAUGAUUAUGGGAGCAAAGAAAAUUUUAAACGAUACAAGUCAAAAACUCCACCAUCGUAUCCUUUGGAAAAUAUCCGUGUUCCUAUUCAUUUGGUUGCUAGCCAAAAUGAUUACUUGGCCACUGUAGAAGAUAAUGAUAUUCUUUUAAGUCGACUUUCUGAACCUGGACAAAUGUAUGGAAAGUUUUAUACAACUGGACUUAAUCACAUUGAUUUUUUUUAUGGAAAGCACCGCUAUGAAUUGGCUAUUAACCAUGUUUUGGAGUUUAUAGACAAAAUGUAAAUGUUUAAUAAAUAAUUAUGACAUCGCA